AUGAGAGCCUCUGAAUUCAAUCGCGCCGUCAGUCAGACUCGGCAGUCUGUUCGCGUGUCGCCCAUGACAGUCAGCUACAAUCAAUCCGUGUCCACCUCGCGGCCAUGGACGUUCAUCGCCCUCAUAUUUCGAUGGCGUGGCUCCGUCUGGAAGGUGAUCUGGAUGCAGUAUUUGGUGUGGCUCGGCCUCUACUUUCUCACCUCGAUCAUUUAUCGAUUCGCUCUCAAUGAGUACCAGCAAAAAAUUUUCGUGCAAAUCGUCGAUUACACGAACGCGCGGAUGUCGUACGUGCCUCUCGACUGGAUGCUCGGAUUUUUCAUCGCCGGCGUUCUGCGACGCUUCUGGUAUUUGUACAACAUCAUCGGAUUCAUUGACAACAUCGCUUGCUCGGUGGCGACGUACGUUCGAGGCGAUUGCGAGCGCGCCAAACAAUAUCGACGCAACAUCAUCAGAUACUGCGAGCUGGUGCAGGUGUUGAUCUACCGCGAUUUGUCGAUGAAAACCCGCAAGCGUUUCCCAACACUCGACACGGUGGCGGCCGCCGGCUUCAUGAUGCCGCACGAGAAGGCCAACUUCGACGAGAUUCAAUACAACUACAACAAAUACUUUUUGGCGUUCAACUGGGCGUGGUCGUUGAUCUACAACGCGCGAAAGGAGGGCUUCAUCGAGUCCGAUUACUAUGUGACCGUCGUUUCAGAGGACGUCAAACAAUUCCGAACGGGCCUCGCCUGGGUGUGCAACUACGACUGGGUGCCGCUGCCGAUGAUCUACCCGACGAUCGUGUGCCUCGCCGUCCACACCUACUUCCUCGUGUGCGUCGUCUCGCGUCAGUACGUCGUCGGCUCGCGAAUCGAUCCCGACAUGAUCGACUUGGUGUUUCCGUUGAUGACGAGCCUCCAAUUCGUCUUCUACAUGGGUUGGCUUAAAGUCGGCGAGGGCCUCCUCAAUCCGUGGGGCGAGGACGACGACGACUUCGAGACCAACAUGCUCAUCGAUCGAAAUUUGGCGAUGGGCCUCAAAAUCGUCGACGAGGGUCCCUACAAAACGCCGCGACUUGAGAAGGACGCGUUCUGGGACGACGAAUGGGUCCCGUUGUAUUCGGAAGCGAGCGCGCACGAGAAGCGCUAUCAAACGCGCGAGGGCUCGCUGGCGCAUAUCAAACUCUCGCGCGCGGUCUCGCAGGUCCGAAUGGUGCCGAGAGACGGUCGUCGGGCGAGCAGCUUCAAGGAGAAAAUCGUCGACGUCAAACCCGACGAAGUCGAAGAGGAUCGUCCAAAAAUCCUUCGCCCCGCCUCGAUUCUCAAUCUCGCCCGACAUUCGUCGACACACAGCAUCUCGAGCCGAACUCAUCAGACGCCGACAAGUCCCAUCUUCGCGAUGGAGACGCUCUCAACCCAAACGAGCCCCCCAUCAAGUGUGCCGCGAGCGAUCGCCGAAAGCACACUGGAAGACGAGUCCGAUGAGCAUCAAAAGAACAAAUAA